GAAGGGGAGAGGUUUUCUCGGAGCAUUCGAAACCGCUUCUGCUCCUUGUUCGUUCGUUCGUUCAGCUUCUUCUUGUCUGUCUCUCUGUCUCUCUUUCUUCACAACCCAUUCAAAGAAAGAGAAAAUCCAAUUCAAUCCAAUCCUAUCCUAUCACAUCACACAACAAUGGCAGAUCAACUCACCGAUGACCAGAUCUCUGAGUUCAAGGAAGCCUUCAGCUUGUUCGAUAAGGAUGGCGAUGGUAGCAUCACAACCAAGGAGCUUGGAACUGUUAUGCGGUCAUUGGGACAGAACCCAACAGAGGCAGAGCUCCAGGACAUGAUCAAUGAGGUAGAUGCUGAUGGUAAUGGAACCAUUGACUUCCCCGAGUUCCUGAACCUCAUGGCGAGGAAGAUGAAGGACACCGACUCUGAGGAGGAGCUGAAAGAGGCGUUCCGUGUGUUUGACAAGGACCAGAAUGGGUUCAUUUCUGCUGCUGAGCUCCGCCACGUGAUGACCAACCUCGGGGAGAAGCUCACUGAUGAAGAAGUUGAUGAGAUGAUAAGAGAGGCUGAUGUUGAUGGUGAUGGCCAGAUAAACUACGAGGAGUUUGUUAAGGUCAUGAUGGCCAAGUGAUCACACACCAUGUAUUAUCUGUGAUAACAAAAGGAGAGACAAAGAAAUAUAGUUAGGACAAGGUUGACUUGUGUGUAAUAGCACACCUAGUCUUAACCCAAUGUCUUUUAAAUCUCCAUUUUAUGUUUUUAUUCUUAUUUGGUAUAUGGUUUUGAUUACAAUUAAUGGUUGUGGUGGAAUGGUGUUUUCACCUAUGUGACUGUCUCAAGUUUCCUUCUCAGUAGAAUUCUACAUCAACAUUAAACUGAUAUGCUAAUUCAGUUAUACUCUUAGUUCUAUUUAUAUAUGCGGUUGAAAUGUGUCUUA